CGGAAAAUGGGAUUUUUAGGCAUGAAAUGUGUGUCAGUUUGGGUGUUUUUAGUGGUGACAACAAGCUUGAGCGAACAAAGCAAAGGCGAAACAUGUAGUUUCACCUUCUUUUCUUCCCUCGUUAGGCUGAUUCCGUGCAGGCCAUCGGUUGCUCCAUUCCGCCCUACUCCGCCGACCGCAGCCUGCUGCAAUGCCGUCAGAUCUCUCGGCCAGCCUUGCCUGUGCGUGCUUGUUAAUGGCCCUCCAGUUGCCGGCGUUGACCGCGACUUGGUCAUGCUCUUGCCCGAGAAAUGCCCUACCAAUUUUGACCCAUGUGAAAUUAUGAAAUGAAAGGGAGACGGUUCGAGGUAUUCAAAUAUAAAUUUUCAGUUCAAUAAUGAGGUGUAUACGCAAGAAGAUCGAUUAAGCUUAGAUUUAAAAUAUCCCUUUCUAUCAAAUAGAUUUCAAAUAUAUUUAAA